GUGCGUGUUCCGCCAUUGCGUCCUGGGAUCCAGUGAGACAGAUUGAGAGCGUCAGACAGCCCGUGGACGCACGCUUGCUUUUCCUUCGUCUUCAUUUUGGGUUCCCAAACAGCGAGAGACAACUUUGACAGCCGCUUCAAGUUUUCCUUUUUUUUCUUCUUCUUCUUCUUGUUUAAUUUGCAUACACAUUAUAUAUCUAUAUAUACCUAUAUUUAUAUACACACACAUAUACUGCUGUGCUUCACUGUGGUACAACCCAACCGAGAGAAGAGCCUGCGGGAGGCAGAUUGCCGUUUGAUGGAUCCGAGAAUCGCCUGGUUUCAGCCGGAACAGCUCGGACCUGCCAAUAUCCUGUGGAUGCAAAUCUGGGAAACUACGCAAGGGCUAAGGAAUCUGUACUUUGACAACAACUACACUGCGAGUACGAGCGGCAGCAACGCGAACAAUACCAAGACCAGUACUGCUGAUACCUCGGCAACAGCCAGCUCCAGCAAUACGAGCACCCACACUGCCGAGGGCAUGGCGAGCUUGGGGGCCGGCGGGGAGUUCGGGGUACAGGGCGACUUUUUACCCUUGGAGACCAAUAACAACCAGAACAACCACCCGGCAGACAGGGGCGGCGGCGCUGCAUGGAGCCUCCAAAACAAGAGGAAAAGGGACAACAAGGCGAGCACGUUCGGGUUCAACACCAGGCUCCUGCACCGCGGGCCCGGCACCGAGGGGGGUGGCGGGGGCCACUCCGGGACCCUCUGGAAAACGAGGAACUAUUCCGAAGGGGUGCUUGGGUUGCAUGAAGAGAUAUUCGACUUCUAUGAGUACAUGUCUCCCCGACCCGAGGAAGAGAGGAUGCGCAAGGAGGUGGUGCAGAGGAUAAAAGACGUCAUCAGAGAACUGUGGCCUAACGCCGAUGUUCAUAUAUUUGGAAGCUUUAGCACUGGAUUGUAUUUACCCACAAGUGAUAUUGAUCUCGUUGUGUUUGGGAAAUGGGACAGCCUUCCCCUGUGGACCCUGGAGCAAGCUCUCCGGAAGCACAACAUCGCGGAUGAGAACUCGGUCAAAGUGCUGGACAAAGCGACGGUACCCAUCAUUAAACUGACGGAUUCAUACACCGAGGUGAAGGUUGACAUCAGCUUCAACGUGCAGAAUGGAGUGAAAGCAGCUCAGCUCAUCAAAGAGUUUAAAGAGAAAUACCCUGUACUUCCAUACCUGGUGCUCGUGCUGAAACAGUUCCUGCUGCAGAGAGAUCUGAAUGAAGUAUUCACAGGAGGGAUCGGCUCCUAUAGCCUCUUCUUAAUGGCUGUCAGCUUCCUUCAGUUGCAUUACAGGGAAGACGCCAGCAGCCCCAAUGCCAACGUUGGAGUUCUCUUGAUAGAAUUCUUCGAACUCUACGGGCGUCAUUUCAACUACCUGAAGACGGGCAUCCGGAUAAAGGACGGUGGCUCCUAUGUGGCUAAAGAGGAAGUGCAGAAGAGCAUGGUGGAUGGGUACAGACCGUCGAUGCUGUACAUCGAGGACCCCCUGCAGCCAGCAAAUGAUGUUGGAAGGAGCUCCUACGGUGCCAUGCAAGUGAAGCAAGCCUUUGAUUAUGCCUACAUUGUACUGAGCCAUGCUGUUAGCCCAAUCGCCAAGUACUAUCCUAACAAUGAGUCAGAAAGCAUUCUGGGGCGCAUCCUGCGAGUGACCCAAGAAGUGUCUGAAUAUAGAGACUGGAUUUCAAAGAAGUGGGGAUCGCCGAGCAGAAGAGAGUCUCCAUCCAGUGGCAAUGAUGUGACGUUAUUAGUAGAGCCACAGCAGCUGGACAAAUGCAACAACAAUGUCUGUGAAGAAAAGGCUGUGAUCCUGGGGCAGCCACGGAGUGAACACUCCUCGAACUCCUCCUCGAUAUCCAGCUCCAGUGAUGCAGACUCGGAUGGGACUCCGUAUAAAACCCUGAAGCACCGGCAAGCUGACCCCAACCGAGAAACGGCAACGGGGUCCGCACAACUCCACGGGAAAACACAGAGCCAUUCCUCCAGCAACCAGGCGCAGAGCCAUUCCUCCAGCAACCAGGCGCAGAGCCAUUCCUUCCAGCAACCAGGCGCAGAGCCAUUCCUCCAGCAACCAGGCGCAGAGCCAUUCCUCCAGCAACCAGGCGCAGAGCCAUUCCUCCAGCAACCAGACGCAGAGCCAUUCCUCCAGCAACCAGGCGCAGCACGAAAGGAGACAGUUUCGCUCUUCUCGAAAAGGCUCUCCAGAUCAGCAGCGCCCCAGCCACUCCCCCGCUCCGCUCAGCAGCAAACCACACCCCCCGAGCAGCCACAGCAAGAGGAGGAAACUCCGGAAGGACGGCGUGCCGGCGGAGCUCUGCAGAUAGGGAAGGAGCUGUGCCUCAUGAGACUCCUCCAGCCUGUCCCCUCUCUGCGGCACGGCAUUGCCGUGGCUUCUCUGUGGGGGAUAUACAGCACUAAGACUUUUUUUGUAGCUCCAAAAGAAACCAGCUUUGCACAGAAACAAUGAAGCAUCUUUGCUGCCACUGCUUGUUUGACACAUUCGCAAGCCGAAGUGGAGCCACUGUUGAAGCUGCAGAUUGAAUGGAAACUGCUGAUCGUUGAUUGAUGCCCUAGAGCCUAUUAAAGAGAAAAAAACAAGAAAGACUUGACAAUAGAAAAUGU